CGGGCGGGGCGGGCGGCUGUAAACAAAGAGGGCGGCGGGCGAUGGCGGCUGUGGCGGGUCGCGCUGGGCGGCUGUGAGUCUCGCUGUCCACCCGGGCGGUGGUGGGCGACUCCGGUGCGCUCCCCGUGCAGGGGCUACGGCGGUGCGGGGCCGGGGCUGGCGGUACACAUGGAUGACAGUAAGGUGGUCGGAGGCAAGGUAAAGAAACCGGGCAAGCGGGGUCGUAAACCAGCCAAAAUAGACUUGAAGGCAAAGCUUGAAAGAAGCCGUCAGAGUGCAAGGGAGUGCAGAGCCAGGAAGAAGCUGAGGUACCAGUACUUGGAAGAGCUGGUUUCAAGCAGAGAGCGUGCCAUCUGUGCUCUCAGAGAAGAGCUCGAAAUGUACAAGCAGUGGUGCAUGGCAAUGGACCAAGGGAAAAUCCCCUCUGAAAUAAAAGCCCUGCUAACUGGAGAGGAGCAGGGCAAAGCACAGCAGAACUCAACCAAACUUGCCAAGGCUGGGAAGACAGAAGCAAACAGCAGCAAUCCCUGAGGCCACCUUCCGCACUGCAGCAGAGAUAGCUUGGUAGCUGGCAGAAGAAUGCUGUUGUCAGAGAAGUGGAUGCAUCCCUGGGUGCAGGGAGAAGGAUCCCAGUCUGCUGUCUUCUCUUUGCUCCUCCCCACAUGAAACUCUUUGAUUGUGGUGUUCCCAAGCCUGCAUGGAGUGAGGCUUUUGGGGUAAUAGGUGUUUGUGUAAGCGGAGCCUUGUUCUUCCUUUCUCUACACCAUCCUCCUCAAAUACAGCUAUGGCAGCUUUUGGGCCUUCCCGAGAUGAGAUGGGGGCAGCUUUUGUGUCAGAGCCCAGAAUUACACUGGCUUUGUGGUCAGUAGUUGUGUGGUCAGUAACCAUUGUGGGAGUCUGAGAGGCUCUGUAAAACAAAAGCAAGAGGAGGAUCUCAUAACAGCUUUGCUGAAGCCGAAUGGAGUGCUGGAGUACUGUAGGUUGAGGAGAAGGAACUGGAUCAAAAGCUUUUAGCAAGAAGGUUUCUAGCAAUGUAAUUUGUAACCUAGAUAAAGAUGUUGCUUUCAGCAUCCUUUUGUAAUGCGGCAUGUCUUUAUGUUGUCGGGGCUCUUCAAGAGAGGUACUAAUUAUAUUCCCUGCUGCUGCCUAUAAUUCUUUCACGGGAUGUAUUUUUCCCCCUCCUGUUCCCAGUAAGAUAGUCAGAGCAUCUCCAUCCCCCUGCUUCCAGCAAUGGAACAACUGCCAUCUCCUUCCACCUAUUGUGCCCUGCUGUCUUUCUGUAUCUACCUACACUUUGGGCCCUAGUAUCUUUCUAGCCUGCAACUUAAUAUGAAUUCUGAGGUGCCACCCUGGUUUCCCAGAAAAAGAUAAAUGCCCAGAACUGGUAGCAAGGAAAAUAAGUUGCAUCCAUUUGUUCUUACAAUAAAAGAGGUGAUGGCAAACGUCUUGUGGGUUGAUCUUCUCAUCCAAGAUAUUGACAGAUAACCUGCCACUUUCCUUAGACUGCUCUUUCUUCUGUACAUGCUUUUUUGUAUGUAUAUGAUGCCUCGUGGAGAGUGGAGCUCUCGGGACUUUCAGUGGGGGUUUUGCUUGCUUAUUCUCUGUUUUGUUUACGACAAUGUCUUUCUCUGUAUUUCAUGAAAUGCAUGGAACGUUUUUUAAUGUUAUGUUUUCUUCUUUGUUUCAUAGAAUAAAUACUAUAAUGAAUGACUCUGCUAGA